UGAUAUUUAUAGACAUUCUUGGAAGGAAGUAAAAUAAAAUUUUAGAAAAAAAUGAGUAAAAAUCAGAUUUAUUGAGUUACUUUUUUUCUGGACAUUCUUGUUGAUAGAAAAGUUGGUGUCUUGGAAUAGUUUGCAUAUAUUAGCGAAGGACAGUCAGAAAUGGCAGUGUCAGGACGCAAGUUGUCAGAUUUUCAAGGCUCAGUGUCACUAGGAUCAUCCGAGGACUUUGACCUCAGCUGUCAGCCUUGUCUUACCAUUGGUCAGCAUGUUGCAGCUCACGGAUUUUGUGUGGAAUGCCAGGAAUAUCUAUGCAAAACUUGCUUUGAGUAUCACAAGAGGACAAAAGCCUCGCGAAAUCACCAACUUCUUGAUAAAGACAACGUUGGUAAACAUGCCAGUACCAGUAAAGAUUCUGAGGAAUGCACAGAAAAAUGUUCAGUGCAUAAAAAGGAAAUAAUCAAAUUUUUCUGUCCAACACACAAGGCUCUUGGCUGCAAUGACUGCAUCAUCUUGGAUCACCGGACAUGUAAGAUUGACUACAUACCUGAUAAAUGUGCAGAUAUAGGGGACAGUGAGGAAUACAGGGAUAUCAUGAAGAAACUUAGCGAGAAAAUGAACGACGCAGAGGAUAUCAUGAAGAAAGCUGAAGUAAGAGAUAAAGAAAUUGAUAAUUGCCAUGCUGGUAUUAUCAAGGAAAUCCUCAACUUCAGGAAGGAAAUAAAUGAACGCCUAGAUCAACUGCAACAAAAAAUUCAAAAAGAUGCUGACAAAAAGAAAUCCAACGAUAAAAUAAUAAUUAAGAUGGUAUUUGAUGAAUGUGCAAAUAUCUCUUCUGAUAUCAAGAAAUUACAGUCAAGUUUACAGGCUGACAAGUCGUCACGACAGAACGGGCAACUUUACAUCAACAUUAAACAUGCUGAGUCUAAACUGAAGUCAGAUGAAGUGCAGAAGGCAGGUGAAAAUCUAGCGAAGACAAACAUACAGUACUCGUUUGAACGGAAUACUGAUCUUGAAAAUAUGUUGUCCAAACAAAGUGUAUUUGGGAAGUUAAACCUCAGUACUAGCUUCAUCACGUCGACAAAGAAGAAUCAAAUUAAAACCCUAACGCACAAAAAAGAUAUAAAUGUAAGAACAAAGUCAGAUAGUGGGUUAAAAUGCUUUAUCACAGGAUGUGCCGUUUUACCUUCUAACAAACUUGUACUGGCUGAUAACAUCAAUUGCAAGCUGAAAGUUGUAGACAGACAGAGUAAAACUGUGAUAGAAGAGACAAAACUAGACUCAAAUCCAUUGGACAUUGCUGUAUUGCCCCUGGACCAGAUUGCAGUAACAGCACCAAGAAACACAGAAAUUCUUAUAAUGAAAACAGCUGGUAAACUGACAACUGUCCACAAGAUUCCAGUUAAAUAUAAUUGCUAUGGUAUAACUUAUCAUCAAGGUCAUCUCUAUGUUGUUUGCCAGAAUCCUAAUAGUGUACUGGUACUGGAUACACAAGGUAAUGUCCAGAACACAAUCUCCCUGAAUAAUGACAUAUUUAAACUCCCAGAAUAUAUUGUGGUAAGUGAGGAUUCCAGACAUAUCUAUAUCAGUGACUUUGAUAGCAACUGUAUAGUCAGUAUAACAUUACAAGGUGAUGUAUCAGCUGUAUACAAACACAAGAAACUUAAUUCACCACGGGGAAUGGUGAUGUUAGAUGAUGGAUCAUUGCUGGUGUGCAGCUUCCAAUAUAGUGGAGCCAUUCAUCAUAUAUCAGGAGACUUGAAGCAAGGUCAGAUAAUGAUAGAUGGUCUAUCUAAUUUAUGGUCUAUAUGCCACAGUAAUCAUCAUUAUGAAGUCUAUAUUGGCUGCAUGAGUGAUCAGCUGAAAGUGUUUAGUACGAAAUGAACAAUCACAACUCCUAUAUCUAAGUAAAUUGAUAAAGUAAAUAACGAUAUAAAUGAUAUUUAACUGACUAUAAACUGUAUACAGAAAAAAUGAAACACAAUUUCAGGUUUCUAAUUACAUUUUGAUUUAUCAAAACAAAGAAAUAUUGAUAACAAAUGUUUAAAUUUUUUUGACUUCUUUGCAAAAUAAUUUUGUACACCAAAUUAUUAUGUAAUAAUAUGGUGGACGGAUAGCUCAGUGGUUUGCACAUUGGCCUUCCAAUCCUGAGGUCGGGGGUUCGAUCCCCGGCAGCUACUCGGGACUUUUCAGGAACGCUUUUCAGUGUUUCCCACCCAAGUAGAGGUGUACUGGUCAGGAUCCCAGGCAAUCAUUGCGUGUAUCAGUGCUAUACACUGGGCACGUUAAAGAACCAGGCAAUUCGCAACGAGCUAGUCUAAGUUAGCCGGACAAGCCUGUAUCUGAUUUCUGAUCUCUCUGUCGUGGGGGCUUUGUCUCACUCUGUCCCUCUGGCCAGAUCGCUCUGUGUCUGUACUAGUAGAGGAUGAAUUAAGCGCCCUGUGUGGCUGCAUUUGAACUAUGUAAAGCGCCUUUGAACAUGAAAUUGAUCAUGAAAAGGGCGCUAUAUAAAUCUGGUAUAAUAAUAAUAAUAAUAAUAAUAAUAAUAAUAAUGUAAAUGAAAAUACAAAAGCCAAAUAAGUAAUGUCAUUUAAAGUUAUUAUACAAUUUGUUUUUAUUUCAUGUAACCUCAUAUAUUUACCUUCACACACACACACACACACAUACACACACACACACACACACACACAUAUAUAUAUAUAUAUAUAUAUGAUAUCUGUGAUUUAUUUACUUUGAAUAUCUGAAUUUGAUUUUUUUAACGUUCACAAAUCUUAGAUAUAUCUAUGAUUUAUUACCUUAUUAGUCUGAUUUUGACUAAAGCAAAUUUAUCUGCUUACAAUUUUAAAACACCUGUCUUUUUGUCCAUGAAUUCUUUCAAAAUUUGUUUUAACUUUUACGUUUAAUUUGAAAUAAACUGUUAGAAGAAUCUGCGUAAUGCACAAGAACUGUGAUUCAAAAGACUUCUACUCUUAAAUUGAGUUUUAACAUAAUUUAUAGCUGUUUUUGUUCUGUUUGUUUGAAGUGUCUAUCAAUUUCUGUAUAAAUACAGUUUAUCAUUUAUCCAA